UUGUAGAGUGUUUUGUUGUGUUGUUAUGUAUGUCGUGCGCGAGAACGAGUGCAGCAGGCAGUAGCAGCGAACAAGAGUAGGCAGCCGUCGUUUCAUUCGGAUUCGACGGGGUUUUGUGUAGUGGCAAUUAUCAACCAGGUGACAUUACAAGCUAUUGGCAGUAAAGUUACGGCUACCGUAUCUCGGAUCGGUGUUUCGGCGCAUCCACACAGGACCGUGUCGAGAGCUAAUGCUGUCAGAUUGCGUUCGACGUGCGUGAUUUUUGAUUGUGAUUCCGAUCAGCGUGUUCAGGUUGUGUGCGCCGGUUUUGCGUGAUUCGUUCGUAACAGUUGUCGAGUUCUCACCGUGGUACUAACAAUGCAUCAAUGCCGUUGCAGUUCGAUAUACUGUGGACAAAAAUGAAGGAUUAAUAUUUGCACAAGUUGAAAGAAAAUGAGCUGUGAGUGAUUAGAAGAAAUCAUGACAGUGAAAAGCUAUACGACAUUGGGCAAACGUGUUCUUGCCUCAACCGAUUAGGCUCAGCUGAGUGUAGGAGGGAAUGCUGUUUCAGCAGAUUUGAGUGAUAGAACGCCAGCCAAAGGCAAAAUUGUGAAAACAAACAAAAACCACCAGAAAAGUUGUGUCAUAGUUUCCACUGGGUUGUGUUACGAUAAAAGUCGAAAAAGUUCAAUUUCCGCCGUCUUCGGAAAGAAGAGGUACUACAGAGUGAAUGAUCGAAACAGUGACGAGUAGUGAACGGCGGUCCAGCAUUCCAGGCGGAGAGAAAACCAUGUCACAUUUUCCUUUCCGAGGAUCGCCUACAACCCAGAGUACUACACCUUCAGCACCUUCAGCGCCAUCCUCACCACCUGCAGCUCCAGUGACCAUGGCAGUAACGACAACAGUGCCUCCAGGAGCCCGCAGCACAUCUCCGUGUUCAGCGACUUCCGGCCCGCCCACGUCCGGCAGCGGACGAUGUUGUGAUACCGGUCGACCAAUCUUCACUGAUCCCAUCUCGGGUCAAACGGUGUGUUCUUGUCAGUACGAUCUAAUCAACUACCAACGGUUAGCGAGUGCGGGAAUCGCUGGCCCGGGCGGUGUACCUUUAUCCAUGUACAGUGCGCCGUACAGUCCGGAAACGAUGGCCGCGUAUUUUCCUGCGAUAGGAGCCGAUCAGGCGCCGUUCUACGCAAAUCCAGCCGCUGCCGGUAUCGACCUAAAGGAAAAUCUAGCAGCAGGUGGUGCACCGUGGCCUUACCCCUCCGUUUACCACCCGUACGAUGCUGCCUUCGGUUACCCUUUCAACUCCUACGGAAUGGAUCUGAACGGAGCGCGACGGAAAAACGCCACCCGGGAGACCACGAGCACGCUGAAAGCGUGGCUCAACGAGCACAAAAAGAAUCCGUAUCCUACCAAAGGCGAAAAGAUUAUGCUAGCGAUAAUCACGAAAAUGACCCUCACGCAAGUGUCCACGUGGUUCGCGAACGCGAGGCGGCGGCUCAAAAAAGAGAACAAGAUGACCUGGGAGCCCCGCAACCGGGUGGAGGACGACGAUGUCAACCUGGAUGAUGACGACGACGAUAACAAGAGCUUGAAGGAUGAUAAAGAAAUAUUAGAUUCCAAAGAUUCCGGUACUGGUUCGAGUGAAGAUGGUGACCGGCCUUCAAGGCUUGACAUGCUGGAUCGGCCGGGCAACAGUGAAUGGAACGGAUCGCGGAAUGGUAGUGGUCCGAAUUCACCAGAUAUCUAUGAUCGGCCGAUGCAUGGGCACCCUCUUCUCCAUCCCUCCAACUUCCCGCCCCAUUUGCGAUCCACGAUAGGAACCCCACCUGAAGUAAACCACACCCCCAGCGGAAGUACAAAUCCCAGCAAACCAAGAAUAUGGUCGUUAGCCGAUAUGGCCAGCAAAGAGAACAAAGAUUCCGAAUCUUCAUCACCGACGGCAGUUGGAUAUCCAUCACCAGGAAAAAUCAUAACACCUCUGGCAGGCCGCGGUAUUAACCCGCUGCACCAUCAUCCCUACAUGAGGCCUGAGUUCUAUCGCAAUCUCUACGGGCCGCACCUAACGCCGGGAUCACCGGAAGUGUCACUCCUUGAGUCCUACCAGCGAACUUUUGGGGCGACGUUAGCCCACAACGGAAUCCCCGUCGGCAUCAACCCGCUGAUAUCGAAAGCUUCCGGAAGCGGGCCCCCGUUUGCACCCCUCAGUUUAACCACCAGCGGUAAUCCAACUACGGCACCGCAACCGGGUGCAUCGCCUGCGUCCAGCACCUCUUCCGGCCCAGAGAACCUGACUCCUUCCUCGCCCGCCACCGACAAACUGAUACCCGUGACGAAUGCUUCCAAGCCAUGACAUCUGGAAAUCAAGUAAGCCAUUUUACUAUAAUUCCAAUCUACAGUUUUAGAAAUUGGCGAUUUGAAAACGAAAACAAUCAGACAAUAAUGAUAAAUGUGAUUACAAGUUUUCCCAUUCUCAAUCGUCACAAAUCGAGUAAAUCGAAAGAUUUUCGUCUAUUUUUUUCAAAAAUAUUUAAUUCCAAUAUUUAAUGAACAGCAACAAACGCUCAGUUUUCCGAUAAUUAUUUUUCGGCAAUAUGAACAAAAUAGAUUGGUAACCCAAACGUAUAGAAACCACUUUUCAAAGCGGUCGGUGUCAGGGAAAAAAAGCCGUCGGCAAAUCUAUCGACCUACUCGGAGACAUGUUGCGAAUGGGAAGACGAUGGAGGCGCGAAAACAAACAAUAACGGCCAGGAAUCAUUUAUCUCUUCUUCAACCCCCUAACUUCUCGGCCUUGUUCGUGGCAAUUUCGUUCCAUAUGCAAAAACUGAAAAAAAAACACUAAAGUGCAACGAAUUAGUCAUAAAAUGCCCAAGAGAUAAAAACAGAAGUUUUGCCGUACGAAAAACAUGAGACGCACGAGAUUCAGUUGAGAAAUUCUAUCUCCCACACUUAAGUUUAUUGUGUCUUCAAAUAGCUCGGUCGCUGUGAGCUUUUCGUCGAAUAAUAAAAAAAAGGAACUGUUUUUGUACAUUGUAAUAAAACGUUUGUAUAAAUACAAAUAAUGAAUGGAUAAGCGAAAGUGUUGUAAAUAACAGAAUUAUAGAUAAUGGAAAUAGUGUAUGUGAUAUUAAAAUGUAUUAAACAAUAACCGAUAAGAAGGCGAGCAGUUUCGCAAUGAAUGGACGUUAUUUUUCAUUUCCUUUUUUAUCGCGAAUCGUUCUUUUAUUGAACGUAUAUUUGAGAAGUGGUUCCUUUCUUCCUUAGUCAAUCUUGUUUCUGAUUAUCACUCAGUUACUUUACCUCCCGCUAGCUAGUUGUUGUGUUUCAAUCCUCUGUUGAAGUGUAACUUGAGAACAUAUCAUGGGAAUCCCGCUAAAGCCAUUUUCACUAGUUCAAAAAUAGCGUUUUCUGCCCACUAGACCGCAAUAGGAACGGCUGUAGUCCGCAUUUCUAGAAAAAAAAAGAGCAAAAGAGACGAACAAGGUGAUUUGUAUAAUUUGACCAUCGUUCAAGGUACAGACUACAGGAAUAAGACUUGUAAAGCCACACACAACCAGAAAGUGACGCGUGAAUACGAAUCAACAACAUUUGUAAAGAGCUGUAUAAAAUUUACAUUAGUUAAUUAUUUAACCAUCCUAUUUAUUUUUAUUGAGAAAUUUACUUAAGCAUUAUGUGGAGUGUUCAAAUGCAGGAAAAUUACAACUGUGUAAAACGACGACAUUUAAGUGAAUUUGACUAACUAAAUACAAAGUGGAAAGCGUAUAUAUGGAAAUUUAACUUUAUAUAUAUUAUUGAGGUAAAAUAAUUAAAGUAAUUGUAAACUGUAAAUUAUCAUACCGAAAGGAAAGGCAAAAAAGAACAAACAGAAAACCAUCAUAAUGUUACUAGUUGCAAUAAAGAAAACGACAAAUGAAAAAAGUCAACAACAUUAAAA